CAGGGUGAAAUAGUUGCUGGCUUGGCAUUGAUCCCUGUGGAUGCGGCGCACGACGACCUGCGACGAGCCACAACGUCGUCGACGCUUCGCAACAGACGCCGCCGACCAUCGGCGGGCCAGCGUUCACCGCCCCGGCGAAGGAGGAGCACCGCCGAAUCGGUUAUCGCCCCGACGCGCGCUGCAGUGAUCGGACGUUCCGCACGUCGACUUCGACUCUGUGCGUUCGCGAAGGAAGGCUCUCUGCCCGCACCUCCGUUUGUGUCGCCCGAUCCUGUGCCCACGGACGUUUUUCUUUUUUUCUUUCCGACGAUACGCCGCUCGAUUCGUGCCGACCUUGCUGGACUAUAGAGUGGACUACUACUCGCUGCCUUUGACCGUGUUGUGAAACGUCGAGUCGGAUCACCGCCGCCGUUGCCAGGAUGUUGCCGGCCGUGAUAUGUACGCUCCUGUGCGGCAUGGCAACCGCCCAGAACUUCUACCUGGGGCCGCCAUACAUGACACCUUCGGUGAUGCCCUACGCACCGGCCGAGUCCAGUCCCAAGCCAUCCUUCUUCCGGAAGCCUUUCUUUUCUUCCGGGAGCAGCGGCGGAAGUCGUCCGCCCGGCAAGGGCUUCUUCAGGCUACGGGCCCCGUCCUUCCUGUCGGGACUCCGGGGCUCGGCCAGCUCACCGAGGCCGAGCUUCUUCUCCUUCGGGAGGCCGUCGCAGCAGCAACAGCAGCAGCACCAGCCGCAGCCCAUAUUCGCGCACCAGAUCCCGCUCCCGCCGCUCCAGGCAGCCGCGGCGCACGCAACCUUCCAGACGCUCCCGAUGCACGGAGGGCCGCGGUUCACCUUCGCUCCCGAAGCCAUGUUACAACACGGACCGACACACAUGGCGCAAGCGACCGAAUUCGCCGAGAGCCAGAUCGACUCGGACCGAUCCCCCGGAAGCUACCCGGGCCUGUCAUCACUCUUUCAGCCGCAGACCAGCGAGUCGUUCGGCUCCUCGGUUGGCGACCAGGACAGCUUCCAGCAGCACGUGAACUCGGUCAUGCAGAUUUCGCCGUCGUCAAACAACGCUUACAGCUACAAGACAGGAGGAUCGAGCGUCUACAACGGAAUCAUGACGGCGCAGCUAGGAGUGCCCGUGAGCUUGACCAACUACGGCGACGGCCCCGUGGCCAUUCCGGUCGGGGCGACCAGAGGCCAGCAAGGAGAUGGAUCUGGAACGGACUCGCAGAGCUACACGCCUUCCGCCGAGAUCUACACGCAAUCGCAGGGGUCUAGCGCGCAGAAGGAGCAGUCGUCGUCGGCAGACCAGCAGUACAGCACGUUCGCUGCCGCCUUCCAACAAGCACAGCCGGCCUCGGCAGGGUACGGCCAGAGCAGCUCCUCGGGAACUCGCUACUCGUCGUCGCCUUCGUCUGACCCCACUUUAACUUUCUACGCACCCCAAUCUAGCUCUGCCUACAGUGGUUCCCCUCAGACGUAUACGCUUUCAUCUGGGGGCGGAUACGUCGGCUCUUCUCCGUCGGCAUUUAUCGGUGGACUCACGAGUGGCUAUGAAACGAGCAUCACAAAUCACGGAUCAGGCUCGAACAAAUACGGGCCAGCCUACAGCCUCGUAGGGAGCGGCAACUAUCCUACGUCCUCUUCUGGAAGCUACGGUAGUUCACAGCCAUCGUCAUACACUUCCUCUAGCGGCGCCUACAGUCCGUCAAGUUACGGCAGUUCGUCGGGCCGCUACACUAUGCCAACCAGGUCGUACACUUCAAGCCAGCCGUCGUCCGGGUACUCGUCGGCGUACUCUAGCGGAUCACCUUCCAAGUACAGCACAACGGGAAGUGCCUACUCAAGCGGAUACGAUAGCAGCUCGUCGUCCUCUCUCCCGAGCUCAUCCGUUGCGUACGACAACUCUCACUCGAACUACGGCUCCUACGGACAGCGCUAUCCUUCGUCCUCUUAUAGCACCUCUUCCCAGUCGUCUUACUCGCAGAAACGACCAGCCACGAACUAUGCCAGCACAUCCACGUCCUACAAAAACUCGCAGGCAGCUGCGGCCGUAGCGCAGGCUCUGAAGGCGUACGCAGCCGGGAAUGCCAAGUACGGGUCUACAAAGACCUCGUCUCCGAGCACGGACAGCUCCUACUCGACGUCUUACGGCUCUUCGUCGGGCUCGACGAGCUACGGCGACAAGAGUGCCGCAGCUCCGUACUUUAGGGCCAAGACGUCGUCCUCAGCGUACAACAAGUACAGCGACGCUUCCUUAGGCUACACAGACAGCGGCAGUGACAGUGGAAGCAGCGGCACUAAGACGUCGUCCAAGUCGUCGUACGAUCAGAGGACCGUGGGCCAGACGCUUCGGGUCAGCGGAGACAGCGCAAGCGGCAGCGACGCGUACACCACGUCAACGAGAACCACGAGCAGCACACCCAGUAAAUCGAGUACAGUCUAGGCCAGGUCUAUAAUGGCGCCGUUAGGUUGAGAGGCACACAGAUAAGAUAGUAAUGAGCUUCAGCAAAGUACCAUACCUCGCACAAACUCUUCCGUGCCGAAGCUUUGAGCAAAAGCAGCAGCAACGGUCCCGAAUAGAGUACUGACAAAACAAGCAAGCGAAACUGCCUAGUGAAUAAUACUUGCAAGCUAGUUACGCGAUUUCUCACUCAUAGACUACUUCCAACAUUAUGAUGUCACUUGUGUCCCUUGGAAACCUCUUCGAGAUAACGACGACCGUCUAUUUCUUAAUCUUUCAUUAUACUAGCCGGCAGCGCCGGCUAAUCUUUAAUGAGAAGCGCAUUCAUAUUAUGUACUCCACACAUUUACGAUGUCGUCAUAUGCAGGUGUAAAAUAUUCCUUGCUGCUUUUAUUCUUCACGGGCUGCAUAAAGGAAACCAGGAGCUAUUUCUCGUGCUACUCAUCUGGAACGAAGGGGUCCCACCGCAGACAUAUAAUUCCAGGGAAACAAGCAUGAGAAGGCUCCUAGCUCGAUAUCCCUGCAUUAGAUACCGCUGUCCUACAUACAUUUAUCGCGGGACAAACACCAGAGCUAAAAUUUCGCAACACUCCAGCAGCUGGACUGUGGUGGUGUACUUGAGUCAUACAUUGCACUGAACGUAUGUAGAGCAAGGCAGCGUUCCAGGUGCCUAGACUUGCCGCUAUGUGCCUCUCAACCUAGUGGGUGGAAACGCAAUUUACAAGGAGCGCAUGGGAACGGGUAGACGAGCCGGUCAGCCUUCAGAGUUUGGCCUUACGAGGCGGUAGUGAAAUGAGCGAUGAAGAAGAAGAAGAAAAAAAAAUGUACAUACCGAAAAC